UUCACCUAUUCAGAGAGUGAGCAGUCAGCGCGAACAAAGCUGCGGCAGAUCGUGCGCUGAUUGGUUACCGGGUACGGUGCCAGAGGUCCACUACAACAGAUGGGGUUCUCCUCUCGUCGCGCAGACGCCACGCAUGCAAGCCCCGGUGCGUGCAUGCACCGAUUGUUUCCUAUGCCCGGAUAGGGCGAACCAAGCAGGGACCGAGCAGGGAACGAGAAGACUGGGCGACGCACGGUUUACGGUUAACGACUAUCCCACCCGAAACCCAGCGUGGCAGAGAAGAACCAAGCCCAGUUGAUCGUUCGUAAACAUUAACAACUUAAGCCCGAAGAGGUCCUGAAAAUCACCAGACUAUCGAGCAACUCUGUCCAAAGGACACAGUAGCUUCAUUGGCUCCAGCCGGGCCAUCUUCAGGCAAACUCCUCUGACGGGACCCUGAGGACUAACUUAUUGUGUGUUUGUGCAGCUAGCGGAUCUCUCUCUCUCUCUCUUUCCUGGCCUACCAGGAUCAUACAGAUCUUAGCAGGGUAAGCCACACAGCGGCCUGGCCUACCAGGAUCAUACAGAUCUUAGCAGGGUAAGCCACACAGCGGCCUGGCCUACCAGGAUCAUACAGAUUGUAGCACGCUCCUCUCAUGCUGACUGAGAAUGGAUAACAUGCAGGAUGGGGUUCAGAUUGGAGACAACAAGUUCAUCAGCAAGGCAACAGUCCUGUCCCACCUCAAAACCUACAACCUCUAUUAUGAAGGACAUAACCUGCAGUUGAGACACAGAGAGGAGGAAGGGGAGCUGAUCGUGGAGGGUUUGCUGAAUAUCUCCUGGGGCCUGCGUCGACCUAUCAGAUUGCAGAUGCAGGACGAUCACGAGCGAAUCAGACCUCCUCCCUCGUCUACAUCCUGGCACUCCGGCUGUGCCUUGGAUAAUCAGAGCAAUGAAGGUACCCAGCAGACCCUGCCCAACAUAGAAGUGACAGAGCACGAGAGCCAAUCAGAGGACAGUGUUGUGAAGGCGGAUGAGGAAGAAGAGGAAUAUGAGCGCUCCGCCCAGCUACUGAGGACGAAGAGCGAUGCUGGGUUUCUGAGGAAGGCCCAGCGCCGGUCGCCUAGCGACCAGAGGAGGAUACGACGACACCGUUUCUCCAUCAAUGGACACUUCUACAAUUACAAGACUGCAGUCUUCAUUCCAGCGUAUGGUUCAGUUACUAACGUGCGGAUCAACAGUUGUAUGACCACGCCUCAGGUGCUACGAGUGCUACUUAACAAGUUCAAGAUUGAGAACAGCCCAGAUGACUUUGCGCUGUACCUUGUACACACCAGCGGCGAGCGUGCAAAGCUGAAGCGCAGUGACUACCCCCUGGUGCUGCGUGUGCUUCAGGGUCCGUGUGAACAGGUCAGCAGAAUCUUCCUAAUGGAGCAGGACCUGGGAGAGGAAGUCACCUAUGAUGUGGCGCAGUAUAUUAAGUUUGAGAUGCCAGUGCUGCAGAGUUUCAUCACCAAGCUGAAGGAGGAAGAGGACCGGGAGGUGCAGAAACUCAGGAGCAGGUAUACAUUUCUGCGGUGUAUCAUUGAGAAACAGCUGCGUUGUCUUCCUGAGGGAACAGCCUGUAUGUGACCUGGUCUAGGGAGGGACCACCAGAUCUUCCCAAAAUCUCCCUGACCUCUUUAGCUACCCCUCCCAAACCCAGACGCCGUCCCAAGCCCCAAACAGGAGUGACCAUGAACCACCCCGAGGAGAGGCAUCCAUUCCAACCUCGCUUUAAUCUCUUCGAAGACCUCCAUAGGGACAGUGUACUAAUUCUGUGACCUGGGUUGUGUGUGGUACCUUUCUCAGUUGAGGUUGGGGUCAUUAUGAAACAUGAUGUCUGCUCUUUCCGUCCAUACCAUGAACAAACAGUACAUAUCCUCCUUGCUGUCCCAAUCCCUCUCUGACACACCUGCCUCUCUGUCGUGCCAUCUGCAUAUUAACUGUAUCAAUAUCAGCAAUAAUAAUGGUUAAUAAUGAAGGUAAAGAUUGGCACUUUUCUCUUGUGGAUCUGUAUGGGGCAUUGAGACUAUUCCAUGUCCUAUACCACUCAGAUGCAAAAUAACCUAAAGCACAUCUAAAUAUCUUUCUUAGUUCUACUGAGUUAGAUAGAUAGAACUAUAUAUAUAUAUAUAUAUAUAGUUCUAUAUAUAGUUCUAUCUAUCUCUUUCCAUCCAUUGUUCUCUCUACCUCUCCUUGCAUAUUUGUAUUUUCUAUUUUUGACCAAAGCCCCAUUUUGCCACCUGCAGAUAACUGAUUGUCUCCCUCUCCAAACCAGAACCUGCCUUAGACUCAAGAGUGGCAUCCCACACUAGAUGAGAUUCUCACCCACCCAGUCAGUCGGUAGGGAGGUUGAAUGACUCCUGUCCUGUGACAGUAUGUGUGGUGUUGAAACAUGACUGUCACACAAGUGUGGUACAGUACUAUCUCCAUGAUCAGCUCUACAGAGGCAGGAACUGUAAUGUAACUUCAUGACUGUUCUUGCCACAGUUAAUCUAAAACUGUCUCCUAACCAAUUCUAGUGGAAUGGAAAAAACAUGUAUUUCUGCUA